GGAUGAUGCCAUCAUGUUCUAGCUUGCCGGAGGGAUUCAAAUGUCCGAAACGACGCCAUAGUGUGUGAUAACGGCAUGAGCUCUCUGUUGAGUCCAGUUGCACCGAGGAUGGGGCCAGCUUCCAGCUUUGACGAUACAUUGAGUUUGGCCGAUCGACAUUUUAGUGGCAAGAUCACAGAGUAUGUUAUCAUGCUGAGGGCAUUUGUUGUCUAUAUAAUACUUGACGAUGCCCAUUAAGUCUGGAUCCAGCAGAAUUCUUGCCUUCAUGAGAUCGAGCAAUCAAAAAGCAAAUCACAAUCAUUAUCAUGCCUUUCUUGGAUCCUUCCGCGUCAAGCUCCGAGCGGGAUAAGAGCACCUCGGGCACAGAAUACAGCACACGAGAUGAAUCGAGAGGCGUUGCCGUAGUGGGCAUGGCCUGCCGCGCCCCGGGUGGAAUAAAUGACCCGGACCAGCUUUGGAAGUCCUUGUUAGACAAGCUGGACGCCAGCGGGGAAGUUCCUUCUUCUCGAUGGGAGUCGUAUCGCAACAGGAACCCUCGCUUCGAGAGUGCACUCGACGGAACCACAAACCGCGGCUAUUUCGUCGAGAACAUUGAGGACUUUGACUGCCAAUUCUUUGGAAUCUCCCCCAAGGAGGCAGAGCAAAUGGAUCCCCAACAACGGAUCUCUCUCGAAGUGGCAUGGCAGGCGAUCGAAAAUGCCGGCAUUUCCGCGCAAAAGCUCAAUGGUACUGACGCGGGAGUCUUCUGGGGCAUCAAUACCGAUGAUUACUCACGACUCAUCCUGGAGGAUCUCGCUGAUGUCGAGGCGUGGAUGGGCCUUGGGACUGGAUUCACCGGGGUUCCCAAUCGCAUUUCUUACCACUUGAACAUAAAUGGCCCGAGUGUCUCGGUUGACGCCGCAUGCGCCUCUUCUCUUGUGGCUGUACACAACGGUGUUCAAGCUAUCCUCGAGGGUGAGUCAACCGUUGUGAUUGCCGGUGGUGUGCAUGCCAUGUGUGGCCCUGCUCUCACACGAGUAAUGGACAAGGCGGGAGUCUUGUCACCCGACGGACGUUGUCGCUCCUUCGACGACAGUGCUUGUGGAUACGGGCGUGGGGAGGGUGCAGGGGCGGUUGUCCUGAAAUCUCUCCCGGAGGCCAUCAACGAUGGAGACCACAUUCUUGCGGUGAUCAAGGGAAGCGCCGUCGCACACAAUGGUCGAUCAAACGGCAUCAUGGCCCCCGAUUCUAAAUCUCAGCAACGAGUAGCUUUGAAAGCUCUGCGGGCCGCUGGCGUUGACCCGAUGACCGUUCAAUUCGUUGAAGCCCAUGCCACAUCGACCUCACUCGGAGACCCAACAGAGAUUUCUGCGAUCGCGGAGGUGUAUGGAAAACUAAGACCGACCAAUGAUCCAUGCUACGUUGGCUCAAUCAAGCCAAAUAUUGGUCAUCUGGAGGCAGGUGCAGGUGUUAUGGGAUUCAUCAAAGCAGUUUUGGCCCUUCAGCACGGGGUUAUACCUCCUCAAACGAACCUACAAACUUUGAACAGUAAAAUCGACUGGAAGAAUGCCGGCCUGCGUGUCGUGAAAGAGAAGACGAAGUGGCCGGCAACGGAGGGAAGGCGACGGGCGGCAGUUUGUUCUUAUGGUUACGGAGGAGCUGUCACUCAUGCCAUUCUUGAGGAGGCUCCCCCACUCCCGCAAUUGGUCCAGCCUGAGAUUCCUGUUGUCAAUGAGACUGGCCCACGAGUGUUGCUGGUGUCUGCCCUCCAAGAACAGCGAUUGCCGGCAGCAGCGGGGUCAUUGAGAGACUGGCUCAGCCAACACCCCCAGCCUCCUAGCUUGGAUUCUAUCUCCAAGACCCUAGCUGCGAGACGUACCCACCAUGACAUUCGAGCGGCUGCGAUAGUGGACGACACUGCCAGCGCCGUGGUUGGUUUGGAUAACCUGGCCAAAAAGGAAAAUUCUGUUUGGACCGUUCAAGGCCGUGUGCUUAAGUCAGCUCCGACAAGAGACGUUGUCUGGGUCUUCUCCGGGCACGGAGCGCAGUGGCAAAGCAUGGGAAAGGAGGUCCUGAAAAACGAGGUUUUUCUAAACGCAAUCAAGCCCCUGGAUGCUAUUGUACGCAAUGAAAUCGGCUCAUCCCCGAUUGAAUGGCUCCAGUUGGGCGAUUUUGCGUCGUCCGAUCGUGUUCAAAUCUUGACCUUCCUGAUGCAAAUCGGCAUCAGUGCAAUCUUGCAGAGCCAAGGGAUCGUCCCAAACGCUGUUAUUGGUCACUCUGUUGGAGAAAUUGCAGCUUCCGUUGUGGCAGGGGCACUCUCUCCGGAAGAGGGUACACUUCUCGUCACGCGCAGAUCUGUCCUGUAUCGACAGGUCAUUGGCCAAGGCGCGAUGGCCCUGGUACGCCGGCCUUUCGAGCAGGUCUCUCGAGAGCUUGAAGGUAACGACAAGGUGACAGUUGCUAUCGAUUCAUCGCCUUCCUCAUGUGUCAUCGCCGGAACCAAAGAUGCUGUCAAGGAGAUUCAGGAGUCCUACAACAAGCAGGAAAUCGAGAACUUCACCGUCAAGACCGAUAUUGCGUUUCAUUCACCGAUGCUAGACCAGCUUGCAAACCCUCUGUCGGUCGCUCUUCGAGAUGUUAUUUGGCCCAAACAGCCGUCCAUCAAGCUCUAUUCCACAACGUUGUCGGACGCACGAAGUCAAAAUCCCCGAGGCGUCAAGUACUGGAUUGAUAACAUGAUUAGUCCAGUUCGAUUGACAUCUGCCGUGCAGGCCGCCAAAGAGGAUGGCUUUAGAAUCUUCUUGGAGGUCUCAAGUCAUCCACUUGUCGCGCAUUCUAUCGAAGAAACGCUUGUGGACAGUGACGCUGGGGAGCAUGUGGUGAUACCCACCCUUCGCCGCGACCAGCCUGCCGAGAAAAGCAUUCUUCGUGCCAUAGGCCGUCUGCAUUGUAGCGGCGUUGAAAUCGACUGGGAGAACCAAAUAUCCGGACCUUGGGUGCAUGGUGUGCCAACUGCACCAUGGGUGCAUCGCCCUUUCUGGCGCAAACCUUCCGCCGCAGCUCUCGCCCUGCACAACGUACGUGGGCACAGUUUACUAGGCCAGAAGGUUUCAGUGGCAGGUAGCGAGACCGUUCUCUACACAACAACUUUGAGCAAGGAUGCAAAACCUUUCCCCGGAAGUCAUCCUGUCAUGGGAACUGAGAUCAUACCCGCGGCGGUUCUUCUCAACAGCUUUCUUCAAGCCACCAGCGGCUUUGCAUUGCAGAAUGUCAACUUGAUUGCACCUCUGGAGACUGAGUCUCAACGACUUGUGCAAGUGGUGAUUCAAGGCGACGACGUGAAAAUUUUGUCGCAAAUCGUACACAAAGAGCAGCUACUUGAUAACCCCUGGACGACCCAUACAACCGCGAAGAUUGUCCCCCGAUCAGAAGCCACGGAAGCAGCCGUCGAUGAAACAAUCAAAUCACACCGCCCAGGAAAGGAGCUUAGCAAAUCAUUCACCAUGGACUACUUGACAGGAACAGGGGUUGACGGCAUGGGAUUCCCUUGGGCCGUGCUAGAGCACUGGGGUGACACUCAAGAAAUGAUGGUGCGUGUUGAAGUCGACCCAGAUAAUGAGCGUCUUCAAUGGGAAACCUCUUCAUGGGCGCCGUUCCUGGAUGCAGCAACCUCUAUUGCCGCCACCAUAUUCCACGAUCGGGCCAAACUACGCAUGACGGCCGGCCUAGGCGCGAUUGAGAUAUUGAAGGAGCAGGACCCACCAAGGGUUGGCUGGAUUCGCGUGCAGAGAAAUGACGGCAACGACUGCACCUGCAACGUCGAUAUCCUGGAUGAAGAGGGCGAACACUUUGUACGAAUCAACACUAUGCGCUUCGCAGAGCUCGAGAGCGGCUCCGAUCAGAAUGACGGCGUCUCGAAGCUUGUGCACCGAGUGGCCUGGCCGCCGGCAAGACUCACCGAGGAACCUCUUCACAUUCAAGAGAUUGUUCUAGUCACAAGCGACGAGGAUGCUAAAACUGUUUACACCAAGGAGGUCCCUCGCCACGUGGGCCUAACUCACAUUUCGACUCCAGAUGAGCUGGUCCAGCGUGGAGCGGAUAUCGCAUACCGUAAAGAGCUUGUUGUUGUCUACGUCCCUGGUCAGGUCUCGUCAUUCCAGGACAUCCCCGACUCAGUCGAACAUUUCUUGGCGGAGCUUCUUGCGGUCGCAAAACAUUUGAUCCAGUCAGGCUCACCAAGCAAGCUCUUCGUUCACACGACGAAUGCAUUCCAGGGUAAGACGCCAACGGCGCUGGCUCACGGACCGCUUCUCGGCACAAGUCGCCUUAUUUUCAGCGAGCACCCGGACAUCUGGGGCGCUCACAUUGAUGACGAGUAUAGAUCGGUGCCUCUCUCGACUAUGAAAUACAUUCAAGGAAGCGACGUCAUUCGGGUCCUAGACGGAGUCGCCCGAACGGCAAAACUCCGGGAUCUUCCACUGGAUCGCCGCACACAAUCUGUAUCUCAGAUGCUGCCUCGUCCCGAAGGAACCUACUUGAUCACUGGAGGACUUGGGGAUCUUGGACUCGCAACAGCUGAAUUCUUCGCAGACCACGGAGCGCGGCGGAUAGUCCUGCUAUCUCGGCGUCAACUACCACCUCGCAGACUGUGGGGCAGUCUCACGGGUGCCGGUCAAGCAGUCGCUGCGCGGAUAAACGAGUUGGAAAAGCGCGGCCUUUGCGUCUUCGUGCUUUCCAUUGACAUCGGGUCUAGCACCGCUGCCGAGACACUCAUCCAAUCGCUAGACCAGCUAGGCCUUCCACCAGUUCAGGGCGUCGUCCACGCAGCCGGGGUGUUGGAAGACCAGCUUAUCCUUAACACCACCGAGGAAGCAUUCCAUCGUGUUCUCUCGCCCAAAGUCACCGGUACAUUGGCUCUUCACCAGGCAUUCCCUCCCGGUACUCUUGACUUUUUUGUCCUAUUUGGUUCGUGUGGUCAUCUGGUUGGCUUCCCUGGACAGGGCGCCUACGCGCCUGCUAACGCUUUCCUUGACUCUAUUGCUACUCAUCGUCGCAAUCUUGGAGAUAACGCGGUAUCAUUCCUGUGGAGUUCUUGGACCGACAUGGGUCUGGGUAAUGGUAACGACUUGCUGGUUUCGGAGAUCGAGAACAAGGGUAUCACAGAGAUCAGCCGCCAAGAAGCGUUUGAGGCCUGGCUGCAUCUUGCCAGAUAUGACAUUGAUCACGGCGUAGUGGUCCGAGCCCUGCCGAUCGAGGAGGGACAAGGCAUUGUGAACCCUCUGCUGACCGACAUUGCCGUUUAUCGUCGCUCGACAAAUUCGGCCCCGAAGUCCGGAGAGCCCGCUGCUGCGACCCGUACGUCGACUAUACCGUCGUCUGGACCCGAAUUGAAGGCCUACUUAGAUGAGAACAUUCGCGCGACUGUCGGAGAAGUUCUUCAUCUUCCUCCAUCUGAUGUUGACCCUAUGGUCGCACUUGCAGACAUGGGUAUGGAUUCGGUGAUGACCACCGUUUUACGACGACAGCUCCAGAAGGCGUUCAAUAUCAACGUACCGCCAACCUUGAUAUGGAAUCACCCAACAGUUGGUCACAUGGUCGGGUGGUUUGCGGAGAAACUAGCUGCCUAGAUUGGGUUCGACUAGACAAAAGACCCAAACAAGUUGGUUCCUUUUGUGUGAUGUUUUAUGGAAGCUCGAGGAAAGAAGUCGGGGUGGUGGUGGAGAUGAGGGAGAAUUGAAACGCGACGCGAAAACGACGGUCGCUUGGCACAUCCCGCCGCGGUCACGUGUUUAGUGCCUCAGGCAAAAAGAGGUGGUUUUCGUCGACCUUGUUGAUAGAUGUGAUUGUUAUGCUACCUGAAUUUUGCAAUUAUGUUUCAGAUAGUGCGUUCAAACAGAGUCAUUUCCUUAUCAGUUGUCGAAACGUGCCAUGGACUUCAAUUGUCUCUACAGAAACCUUCGUAUCAACCGUUGUGCCAGGAAAAUAUAUUGUCACGAGCUAUAUCCAAAAUUCUUGAUUCAUUCAUUAGCACAGACUUGUAAUUCUGUUCACCAGAAAAUCACAAGUCAAGUCUACCUCUAUAACAGAUUUUGAAUUUAGUAUCUUCUACUGAAGUACUGGUAUUCGGUGAGUGAACUCUAUCACUAGCAGGCUUCAAUUGUCUCUAUGGACAGACCGACAGCAAUCCCGCGCAAAUUAGGAGAGAUAGUAGAUAGCUAUCGGGGUGGGUGGCUUCUUAUUCAUCGUACGUAACACAAGAUAGAGC